AUGUCGAGUUUUGCCUUAAACAUGUAUUUAUACCUACUGGAAGGGACUAUCGUAUGCAUUUCGAAUGGAGUUCUUGCAAUCUGUAUCUUAGGAUCAAAAAGUAAUCGCAAGAGAAGGGAAUUCCUGAUGAUCGUAUCUCAAGCACUAGCCGAUACUAUUUAUGCAGUAGCGUUUAUGCUGAUCGCAAUUCAUCGCUUAAGGUUGGAGGCGGCUGGAAUGUUAAAAGCAACAUAUCAUCGAUGGGAGUGUGCUCUGCAUCCUGCUCUUUUUCUUCACGACAUCUCUACUCCGCUAUUGGGACUAGUACCAAUGGCUAUGUCUAUAAACUUCCUCGUUUCUUCUGUGGCUCCACUUUGGUACAUCACCGCUGGAAACAAGUACACCACCUCACUUUUAUCAGUACCAUAUCUGCUCACGGCUAUACUGCUAAUCACAAAUUAUGCUGUACUAUGGGAUGAUCAGACCCCGACUUCGGCUCUGUGCAUCGCAGCGAAUGGCGCUGCUCAUCCGAUUCCGUAUGGAAUCAUGCUUGGCAUGCGAAUUCUAGCAAACAUUGGUAGCGCUGCUGUAUAUCUGGCUAUUGUGAUUUACCUAACAUCGAGCCAGUCAAAGUCUCUCAGCAGUCUGUCGAAUCAGCAGAGGAAAACCCAUAGGAAUGCAAAAAUUACUCUAGGUUUGGUAACUUGCAACUCGAUGGUGCUUUUGUUUCUUCCCGAUAUACUGUUGCUCCUAAAUCCCUUCGAUAUAACUCUCAAAUAUUCCACUAUUCUCUAUUCCAUGACUCUGAGCAAGACCACAAUGAACUUUAUGAUCUACAUCAUGCGAUACCGCGAACUUCGUAGUAUUCUGUUACGCAGCAUAUUUGGACGUAUUCCAUAUUUCAAGAAUAUAGUCACCGACUCGAGUUCAGUGAAGAAACCCACUCGUGGUCAGUCUCAGGUCACGCCAGAGACCAUGGCCCAACGACGAGCUGCUGAUACUUUGCAACAACUGAAUAAUACCUCAACUGCUGGAAGAAACCCGGAGAGACCGCCAGCAAGAUUACCGCCAAUCCAGAAUUUAUCAAAGAACAAAUCCUGA